UGACAGCGGCUUUGUUUGUUAUGAAUGUGAAAAUUACUAAAAAAAACCAAACAUUUUUUACUUUCUCUGUUAUUGGUGCCAGGUUUUAUUUUUAAAUUUAUCCCACUAGUCUUUGUGGAAAUCCGUCGUGGAUUCGUUUUAAUCAUAGUUUAACUUCCAAUUUUCCGCAAGGCAUGGCCGUUAAAUGUUUCAUCUUUUAAACAAAACUGAGUCAUUUCUCUUAAGAAAAUCAAGGACUGGGGACUCCUAAAAAAUGUCGGUCAACAGCAGAAAUUCGGUUUUUUUAGACGUUUGGCAGCGCAGGUUCGAUACAAAAAUACACAGCAUUUCAAAAACAGCAAAAAAUGACCCAUCUUUGGUGCAGCGUCUAGGCCUAAUAAGAACCCUAGAGGUCCACAAAGGAUGUGUAAACACCAUUUGCUGGAAUGAAAGAGGCGAUUUGCUUCUUUCUGGAUCCGAUGAUCAACAUUUAGCAGUAACAAAUGGCUUUACUUAUAAAGUUCAGUCAAAUUAUGCCACUAGCCAUAAGGCAAACAUAUUCAGUGCAAAAUUUUUGCCUUGCACCAGUGAUUACCAGAUCAUUAGCUGUUCUGGGGAUGGGAUAGUUUUACAUACUGAUUUAAACAGACAGCAAGAGACUUACCAUAGUCAGUUCUUGUGUCAUGGAGGUACUACUAGCUAUGAAGUUAUGACCAUUCCUGAUGACCCACAUAUUUUUAUGAGUUGUGGAGAAGAUGGUACUGUUAGGUGGUUUGAUUUGAGAGAAAAAAGUUGUUGUCUCCAGCAACGUUGCAAGGACAACAUCCUUGUCUCUUGUCAGAGGGCAAUUACAUCUCUGGCAAUUAGUCCUACAGCCAGCCAUCAGUUGGCGGUAGGCUGUGCCGACUCGACCGUAAGAAUUUAUGAUCGCCGCUAUUUGAGUGUUGCUCCUGAGGAGCAUUUAUUGGCUCAACCAUUUUGCUCAUUUGCCGCCCCUAAAUCGGGAGAAGACCGCCACUAUCGCAUCACUUCAUUAACAUAUGACGAGGCGGGAAGGGAAAUUCUUGUUAGCUACUCUUCUGAUUAUUUAUAUCUCUUUAAUGUUCAGGAAACCACCACUGUAGAACUGAAAAAACCAAUAGCAAAACAAUCGCCUUGGGAGAAAUUAAGGGCGGCAAGGAAUAAAAGAGAAAGAAAUUCCCCACCGCCAGUGAGGAGAUUGAGACUUAGAGGUGAUUGGUCGGAUACUGGGCCAGACGCGCGGCCCGAACGUGAUGUUAGUACCACAGUCGGUAUAGGACAGGCAAGGCCUCACCUUCAAGCCACCUUAAUGCAACGAAUGACGGACAUUUUAUCCCGUAUGCUCAACGACCCUAUGACGCGUGCCGCUCUUUCUGCGGGCGGCGAGGACUCUUUGGACCCCAACGAGGACAGUCCGCAGAGGAUUUUAGAGGCCAGAGAUGGAGGAGCUGCCGGCAUACAAGAGGGUGGUAGUAUGGAUACUGAAGAAGGUCCUAACUUAGGCGCCCAGUCGUUGUACACCAUUGAAGGAUUGGCUCAAGGCGGCACACGUGAUACUAAUAACGAUUCACCCCAGGUGAUUCAGACCUCCUCGUCUGAACCGGCAACACCUCACCAAGAACCCUCCACAUCCAGCGCGACAACUGAAGGCUCCUCACCAGUUACCAGCGAUUUACACAACCACUUGACGGCCCUCAGAAAUCUGAGACAAGGAUUUAUUAAUCAGCACGGCGCCGAACCGUCGGUGAGCUUCAGAUACUCGGAUCAGAGCACUUCGAGUUCAACCAUAAGCCUGAGGGCCAACAACGAAUCGGAUCUAAAUGCAAGUGAGGCAACGCAGAGGGGUGCGCCUAAUAGAGCCUUAGAAAUGGACGUAGAUUAUCCAGAGGAAGAUUCGGAAACUGUUAACGAGAAUAAGACUAUGGAGCAGAUGAUGUUCGAAGCUCAAGUAAAAGCCAAAUAUACCGGGCAUAGGAACGCCAGGACAAUGAUAAAAGAAGCGACCUUUUGGGGAUCGGAUUUCGUAAUGUCGGGCUCGGAUUGCGGCCACGUGUUCAUUUGGAACCGGCACACUACCAAAUUGCACAUGCUACUGCAGGCGGAUCAGCAUGUCGUUAAUUGUUUACAGCCCCAUCCGACUUUGCCCGUUUUGGCUACCAGCGGGAUCGAUCACGAUAUUAAAUUAUGGGAGCCUAAUUUAAGCGAUUGCGGGUUUCAUGCCGAGGCUGCUGCUGAUCUCAUAAAUAGAAACGCUAUAAUGCUUGAAGAAACUAGGGAUACAAUAACCGUACCUGCAGCUUUCAUGAUACGGAUGCUGGCCUGUUUAAAUCAAAUUAGACGCGGAGUGAGAAACCGAACCAGACGAUUUAGCAUCGAGGAAGAAACUUAAAUAAACGUUUUUAGUCUUUUUUUAUAACAUUAGCUACGUAUUUUUUACUUUAGAAACGAAUAUAAGAAUAUUAUUGCAAUAAUAGGGAUGUUCAAAUAUAAGUAUAUUAAUACAGAUUUUUAUGCUCAAGGCUUAAAUAUACAGAGUGUCUGGGAGGUAGAACUUAAAAUUCAAUACUCCCAAGAAUAAAGAAAGGAAUUAAGUGAGAACGAAAUUCUGACGUUUCAUCCUUUUGACACCCUGUAUACAGUAGUGCCCAUAAAUAUAGCAACUUUUUAAAGUAUCAAAUUGAAAGAGUAAUAUUACAUUAUUUAUUGAAUAUUGUAGUUAUUUAUAGUAAAUAUCUUAUGCCUUAUUUUACAAUCAACAUAAUCGCAUCUUCUUGAUCAGAUUUAAGCCGCAAACCAUUCGUGUUAUUAUCGUCUUACAAGCCAGUGAUAAGUUUGGACUUGUUUUUUAUCGUUGUCGUGUUCAAUUUUUUUUAUCAAAGACAUAUUACAUCAAUAUAUGGUAACAAUUUGUUAUUUAAUAUGAUAGGGUACGUAUCGUACUCAAAUAUUAUUGAUGGAGAGGCCCUAUUCCAGAACCUAAGAAACGUCCCCAUAUUAUGGAACCUUCACUGUUUCACAGUAGGUUCCAUACAUCGUUUGUUCAGCCCUGGCCCUACAGGACGUCUGUAAACUUCGAUUGUUAAAAACGAUCCUUUUUUAUUGGACAUAUGGUUUUUUUUCUGGCCUUCGUCUAUGAUAGACCAUUACCUACUAAUCUCCUUAUACAUCUUGUAGCAAGACCCAUUUUUUCCAGACUACCUUUAAAUUAAAAUCACCGUUAGAAAGGAUUUUUCUUUGGACAUCUGUAUGAUGUACUUAUUAGGUCCUUGGCGUUUUACUAAUAUUAUUAAUAAGCAUUUUUUUAUUUAAGCAAAAUUAAAUUAAAUACCAUUAUUUAUAUAAGGAAAAUUAUAAUGAUCAAAAGGCUCUUCUUGUUUAGCUUCUGUCUCUCGAGAGAGGAGCUCGAAUAAAACUAAGAAAUUUCAUUUGGUACAACAUCAUAUGCUGGUUACCAUUAAAAAUGGAAAACAAGUUACCUCUUUAAGGUUAUGUGAAAUGUGUUUCCGCCAUCUAAUACCACAAAUAUAACGAAUACAAGAGUUUUGGAUGUGUAGCACUUUUCAUAGCAUCCAAAUGUCGACCAUAAACCGUGUCAGCAAAAUCAAAAAGUCACCACAAUUAAAUUUUUGUUUUCAAGUAGCAUCUCUGCGGAAAAAGAUAUUUAAGAGCCAAAUAGCCUUUUUUAUGCAUCUCGUUAGGUGUUCAUUAAAUUUAAAGUCUAGAGUAAGGGCGACAAAUAUGGAAUACUUUUUUUUAAACGGCAAAAUUAUAAGAACUUUUUAUUUUUUUAACACAAAAAUAUUAAAAGUAAUUAAAAAACAUGUUAUAUUAAGCUAUUAUAACUUGUAUUUGUAAAAAAUUAAAACGUUUUAAAAAUCGUAAUAAAAAAACUAAAAUAUUAAUAUUUCCCUUUUUUAAAAAUAGGGUCACAAAUAUGGAAUACUUAGAAAACUAAAUACUAAAUCUAUUGGCAGAAAUCGCAAAUAUGAAUGCCAGAUACAUAUGAGGUACAUUGCAAAUGACACCAUGAGUUGCAGGAUUUGCACUGUAUCCACUGUUUCUCGGAUUUUUUGCUUUCCAAAAACUUUCCACCACAAAACAAGCACUCAUCUGAGUCAUCAUCUGUCACAAAGUCUUCUUCAGAAGAGCUACUUGAUUUUUCUGAACUGUAUCCCAAAUUUUUUGUCUUACGCUUAGCUUGACUUCUUGAUGAGAUGACUGUUGACGUGCUAGGAGUAUCGGAAUCAGUCAACUUGAAGUUUUUGAAGAAACUGAAACAGAUGCUUUUGCGGAUGAUUCCAAUUCUGUUUUGUAAGGUGACGCAGUUAUUACGGCAGCUUUCCCUGCUUUUCGUCCUUGGUUGCUGGUUUUUUUACAAAUGAUUGGGACAGGCGAGACCAUCUCAGAAGUUACAAUAUUUGUUGGUGGCGUCGGAUUUUCAGUAUCUUGAGGUACUGGAAGAGGGACAACAGCAUCAACUUCAUCUUUUUCGAUAGUUUCGGAGGCAAGAAAGUCAGAUUCACGAAAGACAUUUGGAUUAAGGGGAAAAAUUCCGGUGGCUUUAAAACCAUUAACAGCAAUCGCACCACGCUGAGCUUUUAAAUAAGCCUUGCCGAAAAUUUCCAUCACAUCAAAAGCAGUUACUGGUCUGGCAUUUUGUCGUACCCACGUUCUUAUCUCCUCACUGUAAUGAGCUUUGAAUGGUCCCAUAAAAGAUUGGUCAAGGGGCUGAAGUUUAUGUGUUGAAUGUGGCGGUAAGCACACAAUCGUAACAUUAUUUUCUCUGGCCAUAUUAAUGACAUCAAUAUUGCGAGUUAUGACCGUCUAAUACGAGCAUAACUGGAGAUUCACGUGUAGGCUUUACUGUCGCUACAAAGUGUUCAAACCAUUUUGUAAAAAUGUUAUUUUGUAUCCACCCUGAUGGAUGACAUUCGAACUUUGUCCCAGGUCGAGCCCCCUUUGUAAGCUGCGGGCUUAAGUUUUUUCUGGGGAAUAUAACUAAGGGUGGAACAAAAUUGCCCCCUGCACUCAUACAAAAUACUACUGUAAUUAAUGAGCCUCGUUCUGCGGAAAUCAUGCUACCAAUUUGUCGUUUACCUUUACGUGCAAUUACUUCUGGUAUCUUUGAAGGCACUAUAGAGAGACCACUCUCGUCAACAUUGAAGACGCGGUCUGCUGAAUAGUUAUCUUUUUCAUAUUCAUUCGUUAAGAUAGUAAAAAAUGACUGAACGUUUUCUUUGGAAAAGCCAUUAGCUCUAGCAAAAGAUGUGCCUGUAGGUCUUCUAAAUAAUGACAAUGUAUCUGAGUGCCGUCUCAUAAACAGCCUAAGCCAGCCUUUUCCAGCUGUUUCUUUGCCAAAAGGAUUUGGCAGAUUAUUUUUAACAGCAAGCUGAUAUGCCAUAUUCCUUAUGUCGUUUCUGGUUAAAUCAAAAUACUUACUUUCCAUAUGAAGUAAGUACCAUAAGUUCAUCUUCUAGUUCUUUUGUAAGCACUGUUGGUCGACCUAGUUUUGUUUCAGCAGAGAUAUCUGGAUCUUCGUUUUUCUGACAGUGUCUAAAAAGGGUUGUUCUGGGAACAUUGUAAGUUUUGGCUGCCUGCAGGUACCCCAUUUUAUGUUCCUUAACAGCACAAAUUGCUUGUAUCAUAUCAUUUUUUUCGUAGCAUUUUCUUUUUCGACUACCUUUUGACGCCAUACUAAAAUAAAAAAAAUCACAUAGUUCUAUUUCAUCACAUAAAAAUUGAGGUUUCUAACGCAGAGUACAAGCACAAGAUUUAAUAGGUUUACAAUGGCCUCUCUUCUGUUUAUUACUUUUUUUUGCUUUUUUAGUUACAAUAAUUGUUAUUGAUAUAUUAUUUAGUAUAAAAGCAAAUUUAGAAAUGCUUUUAUAGCAACAAAAUAUCACUUUUAGUAUUCUUAAUGGGAUACUAAUAUGGAAUACUAUUCCAUAUUUGUGGCUCAAAAAAUUCCAUAUUAGUGACCCUCAUAACCUAAUCUUAUAAUAUUUUAAAAAAAUAUUUUUAUGUUAAAAAACAAACUUUCCUUAAAUCUAUUGUAAACUGUGAUGUUUGAACUGUCACAAAUGCAGAACAGUUUGAAUAAAAAAUAAGUAUUUUACCGCUAACACACGGAAACAGCAAGAUCUGCAAAACUUUUAUGAUGCCGCAAAAAAAAACGACUGUCCAUGGUGAGCCAACAAAACAAACUAGAGACGGACCGAUCGAAAAAAAACCUUAGAUGAAUGCACUUCGACUUUCAACGUGAAAUUAAUAAAGGACGUUUGCUACUUUUUCUGGUUUACAACUAUUCCAUAUUACUGACCUAUUCCAUAUUUGUCGCCCUUACCGUAUAUAACUAAACCCAGAUUCUUUGAGCAGUUUUUAAAAGAAAGGUCAGAAUUGCCAAUACUAAAAUCUUAGCAUUCAACUCAGUUAAAAUUGAUUGUCUUUCUUUUUUUCACCACAGAACAAUAAAGCCACCGGUUUUACAGGGUUUAGGUUUAAAAUAUGAUCCUUUGAUACAGUAAUUGAAGAACUGAGCUUUAUUUUCUAGCUUCUGCAAAUCUGCCAACUGUUUUUUAAAUAAUCUUGUGUAUAAAUCAGUAGUUUAAUAGUAGUAGUAUAAUAUCAGAGACUUAGAUCUUAUUGGUGACUUCAGAGUCGAAAAUUAUUAAUUUAUUUAUGAGUUUUGUAAACAUUGCCUCUAAAGGAUUGUUGAGUUGGAGACAAUAAAAUGUGCCUUAAGUUUAUCCAGGUUUUUUAAAUAUGGUGGAAUGGUUCUAUUUUAUUUAAGGCAUUAAGUUUUCUCCAUUAUGCCAUUUUUCUUUGAAUUAAGUGUCUGAAAUUUUAAAUUGAGUUAUGCACUUUUCUCAGCUGUUUAUAAUACUCUCUGUGUCUAUUGGUAAACCAGGAUAAUGUGCCCGAUAUAACGAUAGCCGAUAGCUCGACCGAUAGUCCGAUGCCUGCAACUGCAUCAAAACAAUUAUUUUUAAAUUUCUAUAAUUUAUUGUAGUGUCAGGUGGAACGUCAAUUUUAAUUAGUAUAUUACAUCAACACUUACUUUUAAGCAAGGACAUGGUCAGAAAUAUUGAUAUCCUCUACUUCAGUGGUAAUUGCAAGAUCACUAUUAAAUAAUAUUAAAUCGAUAAUACUUUCACUAUUCCAAGUAAUUCUAAUAGGCUCAGAAAUAUACCGAGUAAGAUUAAACGUUUCAAACAUAUUGUUUUUAGUGCAGAGUACAUUUAAAGUUUUUGUUUAAAGUCUUUUAUCAUUGAAGCGCAACGCUAAUUACGCUCCAAUUAAAGCACCCAGUCAAUCAUAGUAACAUAAAAUACCUGACAGUUAAGUAUACAUAAUAUUAAAUGAAAAGUCGCAAUAAAUCCCGGAUUUUAAUUAGCUGCUCUUUCUCCUUUAUCCAAGUAAUUUUUUUAACAAAUCAGGAAUUUGGUUGGACCCUGUUAGAACUGUUUACAAUUAACAAUAAACACUCGCUUCUUCCUAAAGUCGAAUGAUAAAUUUAAUGUCGAAUAAUGAAAUAUUACUACUUCAAUCGAUUAUUAAAAUAAGAAAUGAUCGUUUAAACUCACCAUAAAUAAUGAAAAACUAAAUUUGAAGAAGUUGCUAUAAUAAUUUACAAUUCUGUGUAAGGAAUAAAUGAACACCUCUAUUAGCACUGUCUAGGGCAACUUAUUAUGUUAUUAGUACUGAAUUUCAUGGUAGUCUGCAAAAAUAUUUCCUAUACUAUUAUAAUACAAGGUGUUAUUUAAGCGAGUGGUAAAACUUCAAGGGGUGAUAUUCCAAAAGAUAUACUUUUUUUAUCAACCUUUGCAGUUCGGCUACAGAUUUAAAUAAUACACCGUAUAUUUUGUGAUCUUGCGCUUUUAUUUGUAUAUUUAUUUUAAUAUAGCCAAACUAGCUGUUUGAGGUUUAAAACGAUAUUUUCGAGGCUUAAUAUGACCAAAAAAGCAAAAUUAAUUUCUCGUUUAGCUAAGUAAGUUUCUUAGUAACAUUCGCUUAGUGGAUUGUUAAGAACGUUUGGAAUAAUACAUCUUUUUAUUUUAUUACUGUUGCGCAGAGUGUGAUAUUUAUUUAAACUAAAAUAUUUGUGUACUUAUUAUGGAAAAAUAAAGGUUGUUAUGUCAA